UGUAGGCAUAUCUCAAAAUAAAAACAUACCAAAACAUUUCAGUCAUUAUCUCACAGAAUUAAACUGUGAGAUUUUGCUUUGACUGUAUAUGAUCAAUGGCAGCAACCGAAAUUGAUAUUCCAGAUUUUUUAUCCUCAAAGAAAGAUGAAAGGGAAGAUUACGGUUUGUCAAGUGAAAUUUUGGAAGAAAAAAUUGCAGAAUUUUCUGGUAACAAAGUGAAGCAACUUGAAGUGGCAGAAAGUGUAAAUACAGAACAAAUGGAAACUGAGAGUGAAACUUUUUUCCAAGCACUCUCAGUACCCAUUGUCAGUGCUGAUGAAGGCACAACAGAAAGUUGCAAGGCUGUCACUACAGAAGAUCAGGAAGAAAGAAAGUCUACAAAGAUUGAAGAAGCCAAACCAUUUCAUGAUCAAAGUGUCCAGAUUGUUGCCUCUAAAGAAGAAACAGAGGAGGACAAAUCUAUUAAUUCUCAAGAGGACCAAAGAGAGCAAAAAACUGAGGGAAGUGUAGAGUCUUGUUCAGAAAUUAAGAAAGAGGAAGAUACUGAAGAAAUCAAGCCAAAUGUUGAACCAGAUGAGAAAAAGGAUAGCAUCACAGUGAAAACAGAACCUCAGAUAGAAAGUGAUGAUGGUAUAAAGGACACAAUAUUUGAAGGAGGCUUACAAGAAAAAACCUACCAUGGUGAAGGUAAUGAAGCUGAAGCUGUUAAAACUAAAGAGCAUAUAGAAGAUGAUGUUGAAGAAACGACCUUUCAACAUGCUACCACAGUGGCUUAUGUCGAAGAGGGGCAGACUUUGAAUGCAGCACCUAAAGAUAUCUCCAAGGAAGAAGAAGUAGAGGACAACAGAAUUGAUCCUCAAGAGGCAAUUGAGAAGUGUGAGAAUGGAGCAAAGGAAGAAAGAGAACAAGAGCAUGAGGAAAGUGUCGAUAAAUUUGUACAGUCUUCUUCAGAGAUUGAGCAAAAGGAAGAUACUGAAGAAAUCAAACCAAGUGUUGAAACAGAGGAGAAAACAGAAGUCAUACCUGAAGAUUGCAUCACAUCACAAACAGAGCCUCAUGUAAUAAGUGCAGAACAUGAAAUAAAAAAUGAUGAAGCAAUUCAGAGUGAAGAAACUGGUUUACAAAAAGUUGAAUAUAAAGAAGAGGUAAAGCAUUCUGAUAGUUCUUUAACAGAGAUCAAGUCUGAAAGCCCCAUUGUAAAAGAAGCAAGUGAAGAGACUGUUUCAGAGAAAACUGGAUAUGAAGAAGGGUUACAGCUUUCGGACAGUUACAAUAUUGCCCUGAAAGAGAAUGAAAUGGCAAGCAAAGUUGAAGAUGAAGAAAAGGAACAGGAGGACAAAUCAAGUGAUGCUCAAGAGGCAAGCGAGGAGUGUGUGAAGGAAGAAAGAGAACAAAAGUCUGAGGAAAAUGUCAACAAAAUUGUAGAUGAAGAGACCAGUUCGGAGAAAGUUGAAUAUGAAGAAGAGGUCAAACAUUCUGAUAGUUCUAAUGUAGAGAUCAACGAGAAAACACUACCGAUUUUAAGCAAAGAUGAAGAUCUAGAAAGGAAACAAGAGGGCAACACAUUAGAAAAAGACCAAGGUGAUGAUACUGUUACAAGCUCACAUGAUGCAACUUAUGAAGGAGGCUUAAAAGAAAGAGAACACCACAGUGAAGUUAACGAACCUGAAGUUGUUAAAACUAAAGAAAGUAUAGGGGAAGAUACUGAAGAAAUCAGAACUAGUGAAGAGACUAUCUUAGAGAAGGUUGAAUCUGAAGAAGGGUUACAAUUUUAUGACAGUUCCAAUAUCGCUUUGAAUGAGAAUGAAAUAGCAUAUGAAGAAAAGGAACAAGAGGUUUAUGUUUCAGGAAAAGGACAAGGUGAUGGGGAUGAUGUUACAAGUCCACAAGAUGCAACAUGUGAGGAUAUAAAAGAAACAACAAUUGAUGAACAUGCUAGUACCGAAGUGGCUCAUUUAGAGGAGGCACAGAGUCUAAGUCCAAUGCCUGAAGAGAUCCUCAAGGAAGAAGCAGAGGACAAACCAAGUGAUGCUCAAGAGGCAAGCAAGAAGUGCGAUAAUGAGGCAGAGGAAAAAAGUGAGCAAAAGCCUGAGGAAAUUGUCAACAAAAGUGCAAAGUCUUCUUCAGAAACAGAGCAAGGGGAAGAUACUGAAGAUAUCAAACCUAGUGUUGAAACGGAGCAACAAGCAAGCGAGCAGUAUGAGAGUGGAGCAAACGAAAAAAUAGAACAAAAUCCCGAGGAAAUUGUCAACAAAAUUGAAGAUACCGAAGAAAUCAAGCCAAGUGUGGAAAUAGAUGAAAAGGAACAAGUGAAGAUUACAGACUAUGAAGAAGAUGUGAUUGAAGUAUGUGCAGAAACUCAAUUAGAGAAGGGAAAUUUUGAAGGGGUAGAACCUUCUGACAAUGAUAAAGAUCAAGAAAAAGAAAAAGAACAAGAGUCCAUCAUUUCAGAAGAAGACCAAGGAAAAGAUGAUAUCACAUGCUCACAAGAUGCAACCACUAUAGAGAACUUACCUGUAUUUGUCAAACCUAGAGAGAAUAUAGACGAAGAUACUCAAGAAAUCAAAUCUAGUGCUGAUACAAAAGAUGAUAUAAAGAUUGAUGAAGAGGCAUUAGUGAAUGAUGAUGAUCAAACAAAGAAGUCUGAAAGCCCCUUGGUGAAGGAAGUAUAUGAUGCGACAACCUCAGAGAAGGCUGAAUCUGAAUUGAAUGAGAACGAAAUAGUGAGCAAAGAGGAAAAUCAAGAAAAGGAACAAGAGCUUAAAAUGUCAGAAGAAGUCCAAGGUGGUGGAGAUGAUGUUACAAGAUCACAGAAUGCAUCCAGUGAGGAUAUAAAAGAAACAACAAUUGGUCAACAGGCUACCCCAGUGGCUAAUAUCGAGUUCGAGGAGCAGAAUCAGAGUGUGAUUGAUGUUCAAGAGGACAAAAAAGAACAAAAGUCUGCAGAAAGUGACAACAAAAUUGUACAGUCUGGUUCAGAAAUUGAGCAAGAGAAAGAUACUGAAGAAACCAAACCAAGUGUUGAAGUAUGUGAAGAGGCUAGUUCAGAGAAAAUUGAAUAUAAAGAAGAGGUGAACUACUCUGAUAGUUCUAAUACAGAGACCAUGGUGAAGGAAGUAUGUGAAGAGACUGUCUCAGAGAAGGUUGAAUCUGAAGAAGGGUUAAAACUUUCUGACAGUGUUAAUAUCGAUCUGAAUGAAAACGAAAUAGCAAGCAAAGUUGAAGAUGAAGAAAAGGAACAAGAGGUUUAUGUGUCAGGAAAAGGUUUAGGGGAUGAUGUUACAAGUUCACAAGAUGCAACAUUUGAGGAUAUAAAAGAAACAACAACUGGUGAGCAUGUUACUACAGUGGCCUAUUUAGAGGAGGAACAGGCUCUAAACUCAACGCCUAAGGAGAUCCUUAAGGAAGAAGCAGAGGACAAAUCAACUGAUGUGCAAGAGGCAAGUGAGCAGGAUGAGAGUGGAGCAAAUGAAAAAAUAGAACAAAAGCCCGAGGAAAGUGUCAACAAAAAUGAAAAUGCUGAAGAAAUCAAGCCAAGUGUGGAAACAGAUGAAAAGGAGCAGGUAAAGAUUACAGACGAUGAAGAUGUGACUGAAGUAUGUGAAGAAACUCACUUAGAGAAGGGUAAAUUUGAAGGGGUAGAACCUUCUGACAAAGAUGAACAUCAAGAAAAAGAAAAAGAACAAGAACAAGAACAAGAGUCCAUCAUUUCAGAAGAAGACCAAGGAAAAGAUGAUGUCACUUUCUCACAAGAUGCAACUUCUAUACAGGACUUACCAGAAACAAAAUAUGAUGAUGAAGGUAAGGAACCCGAAUUUGUCAAACCUAGAGAGUAUUUAGAGGAAGAUACUGAAGAAAUCAAAUCUAGUGCCGAAACAAAAGAUGAUAUAAAGAUUGAUGAAGAGGCAUUGGUGAAUGAUGAUGGUCAAACAGAUAAGUCUGAAAGCCCCUUGGUGAAGGAAGUAUGUGAAGCAACAAGCUCAGAGAAGGCUGAAUCUGAAUUGAAUGAGAAUGAAAUAGUGAACAAUGAGGAAAAUCAAGAAAAGGAACAAGAGAUUAAAAUGUCAAAAGAAGUCCAAGGUGGUGGAGAUGAUGUUACAAGCUCACAGAAUGCAUCCAGCGAGGAUAUAAAAGAAACAAUAAUUGGUCAAAAGGCUACCCCAGUGGCUGAUAUCGAGUUCGAGGAGCCGAAUCAGAGUGCAAUUGAUGCUCAAGAGGACAAAACAGAACAAAAGCCUGAUGAAAGCGACAACAAAACUGUUCAAUCUUGUUCAGAGAUUGAGCAAGAGGAAGAUACUAAAGAAAUCAAACCAAGUGUUGAAACCAAGCAGCAAGAACUGUUGCAUGAUGAUUGCAUCACAUCACAAACAAAAUCUCAGGUAGAAAGUGAAGAACAUGAAGUAAAAAGUGACGAGCCUAUUCAGAGUGAUAAUGGUCAAAAGGAAAAUGUUGACAGCUCCCCAGUCAAUGAAGUAUGUGAAGAGACCAGUUCAGAGAAAGUUGAAUAUAGCGAAGAGGUAAAAGAAACAACAAAUGAGAAAGAAAUAGUGAACAAAGUUGAAGAUGAAGAAAAGGAACAAGAGGUUUAUGUGUCAGGAAAAGGUUUAGGGGAUGAUGUUACAACUACAAGUUCAAAAGAUGCAACGUGUGAGGAUAUAAAAGAAACAACAGUUGGUCAACAGGACACUACAGUGGCCUAUUUAGAGGAGGGACAAGCGAUAGGUUUAAUGCCUAAAGAGAUCCUUAUGGAAGAAACAGAGGAAAAACCAAGUGAUGCUCAAGAGGUAGCUUGCAUAUCAGCACAAACAGAAUCUCAAGAAGAGACCACGGAAACUGAACAAAAGAAUGAAGAGUCUAUGAAGGAGGUUUAUGAAGAGACUACCAAGGAGGUAUGCGAUGAGACUAGCUCAAAAAAGGUUGAAUCUGAACAAGAGGUAAAAGCUAUUGAAACUUUCAAGGAUGAAGAACAAGAAAAGGAUCAGGUUGACAUGUCAACAGAAGGUCAAGGCGAGGAUAAUGUAACAAGCUCACAGGUUGCAGCCUUAGAAGAAGACUUGCAAGAAAAGAACUACCAAGAAGAAGGUAAAGAACCUGAAGUUGUUGAAACGAGAGAAAGUGUAGAGGAAAACAUUGAAGAAAUCGAAUCUAGUAUAGAAACAAAAGAAAAUAUGGAGCAACAAGGGUUGCUGCAUGUCAUUACUACUGAUGUUUGCAGCUCAACAGAAAUAGAACCUAAAAAAGAAACUAUGGAAAAUGAAGAAAAGAUUGAGGAAGAUGCUAUAGUCAAUGAUGAGUUUGAAAGCCCAUUGGUUAAGGAGGUGUGUGAAGUGACAGGAUCAGAGAAGGCUAAACCUGAAUUGAAUGAGAAUGAGAUAGUGAGCAAAGAGGAAAAUCAAGAAAAGGAACAUGAACUCAAAAUGCCAGAAGAAGUCCAAGGUGGUGGGGAUGCCGUUACAAGUUCAGAAGAUGCAACGUGUGAGGAUAUACAAGAGUCAACAAUUGGUCAACAUGUUACCACAGUGGUUGAUUUUGAGGAGAGCAAAGAUGAUAGUGCAUUGACCAAAGAGAUCCUCAAGGAAGAAAUAGAAGACAAAUCAAUUCAUGCUCAAGAGGCAAGCGAGCAGUAUGAUGAUAAUGGAGCAAAAGAUAAAAUAGAAGAAAGUGCCAGCAUAAUUUUUGAGCAAGAGAUGUAUACUGAAGAAAUCAAACCAAGUGUUGAAACAGAUGAAAAGGAGCAACAGGAAGUAUGUGAAGAGACUGACUUAAAGAAGACUGUAUCUGAAGAAGGGAUAAAUUCCGAUAUGUAUCAGAAUGAGAAAGAAAUAGAAAUUUUAAGCAAAGAUGAAUAUCAAGAAAAGGAACAAGAGCUCAACAUACCAGAAAAAGACCAAAGUGAGGAUGAAGUUAUAUGCUCACAGGAUACAGUUGCAGCCUCUGAGGAUGUAUUUUUUGAAACUAGAGAAAGCAUGGAGGAAGAUAAUGAACUUAUAAGCACAAAUGUUAAAACAAAAGAAAAAGUGGAGCAAGGAGAGUUGCCACAUGCCAUCACAACUGAUGUUUUCACAUCAGCACAAGUGGAAUCUCAAGAAGAGAAAACAGAAACUGAAGAAAAAAACAAAGAGCCUAUUGAGCAUGAUGAUGAUCAAAUGGAAACGCCUCCUAUCCACUCUGUCAAAGAGGUAUGUGAUGAGACUAGUUCGGAAAAGGUUGAAUCUGAAGAAGGGAUAAAAGCAAUAGAAACUUUUAAAGAUGAAGAUCAAGAAAAGGAUCAGGUCAACAUGUCGGCAGAAGGUCAAGGUGAGGACAAUGUAACAACCUCACAGGUUGCAGCAUUAGAAGAAGACUUGCAAAAAAAGAACUACCAAGAAGAAGGUAAAGAACCUGAGUUUUUUGAAACUAGAGAAAGUAUAGAGGAAGACACUGAAGAAAUCAAAUCUAGUGUCGAAACCAUAGAAAAAAAGGAGGAUGUAGUCAAUGAUGAUGGUCAAACAGAAAAGUCUGAAAGCUCCCUGGUUAAGGAAGUCCAUGAAGUGACAGGAUUAGAGAAGGUUGAAUCUGAAUUGAAUGAGGAUGAAACAGUGAGCAAAGAGGAAAAUCAAGCAAAAGAAAAAGACCUCAAAAUGUCAGAAGAAGUCCAAGAUGGUGAAGAUGAUGUUACAAGCUCACAAAAUGCAUCCAGUGAGGAUAUAAAAGAAACAACAAUCGGACAACAUGCUACCACAGUGGUCAAUACUGAUGAAAGGCAGGAGCAGACAGAAAUGACUAAAGAGAUCUUCCUUGAAGAUCUUGAAACUGUUUCUGAGGUACAAAUCCCUGGAGUGGGGCUCGAGUCAGAAGAUUCAAACAUGAAAGAAGAGUGUCUUACAACAGCAACGCAUGUGGAUGAAGAAAAAGAAACAGAAACAAAAGAAGUUUCAAGUGCAGAGACAACAGAAAUUGGUGAAAACAAAUCACUGUAUGAAAAAGAGGAUGUUACACAAGAAAAUCAGCUUAAUAGCACCGAAGACUGCAGUGAGAUAUCAAAGGAUGUCAUCUUGACUAAAGAGAUUGAACAGGUACCUUUAGAGACACAAAAGGAAAAGGGAACAGAUGACCUCAAAGAACAGAUUGUUGAGGAAUAUAGUAAUUCCACAGAGCUACAAGAGAAAUCAACAGAAGAUCAAAAGGCACCUGUGAUAUCGUAUUCAGAUCCAUUAGAAAUCGAUGAGUCACCCAAACAGGCUCUUGAAUCUGUUUGUGAUGUACAAACCCCUGAAGUAGUUGUUGAUUCAGAAGACUCAAAAGUGAAAGAAGAGAGCAUUGUCUCAGCAACAACCGAGUAUACAGAUGAAAACAAUGGAGAGAAAGAACAUGAAGUUAUAGCUAAUGAAACUUCAAGUACAGAGAAUCUAGAACUACAUGGAGAACUCAAACCCAUGUCUAAGAUGGUGAUAGAAGAAUACCAGGUUAAGGAAACAAAGCCUCAACCAGAACAAUCAGACAUCACCCCUGAAAACAUCAUGGAGAAUGUCAUCUUGCCUGAAAAGGACUUAGCAGAUGAAAAGACAACAACAUCAGAUGAAAAGGAAUUAACCGAUGAGGUGUCGUCAGAGCUUGGUCAACCUAAAGGACAAAUUGUUGAGGAGAUACAGGCAGGUCCAACUGAAACCAUAAGUGAAACUAUAGAAGAAGAGGAAAUCACAAAAAAGGAUGAACAUUUAUCCCAUGACAGCAUAGAGAAUCCAAAUGACACUACAACUAAAGAAGAAAAGUGCUUUCAAGAUGCAAGAACAAGGGAGAUUGAACCUGUUGAGCAACAGAAUGAUGGUUUGGAUGAAGCAUCAAAAGAAAAAUCUAAGGAUUCAAAUGAAACAACAGAAGUCAAACCUCAAGAAGAUAUUGUACCCUCAAGUUCAUUAGUAACUACAACAGAAGAAACCCUUAAAACUUUGCCACUAGAUCUUGAAUCUGUCUAUGAUGUAAAAAUCCCUGAAUUGGUGCCCAAGUCAGAAGAUUCAAACCCGAAAGAAGAUCGUCUUACAUCAGCAACAACAACAUAUGUGGAUGAAGAGAAACAAACUGUAACAAAAGAAAUUUCAAGUGAUGAGAAAACAGAACAGACAACAAAAAUUGGUGCAGAUGAUUCAUUGUAUGAAAAAGAAGAUAUGAAAGAGGAUGUUACACAAGAAAAUCAGCUUAAUAGCACAGAAGACUGCAGUGAGAUGUCAAAGGAUGUUAUCUUGAAUGAAGAGGUGCCUUUAAAUAUACCAAAGGAAAAGGAAACAGAUGACCUCAAAGAACAGAUUGUUGAGGAAGAUAGUCAUUCCACAGAACUUCAGGAGAAAUCUUCAGAAGAUCAAAAGGAAACGGCACAUGUGAUACCAUAUUCAGAUCCAAUACCUGUUGGGGUCUCUGAGGUUAGAACUGAUGAAAUUUCAAGUGAAGAGACAACAGAAAGCAAGCAAGUUGCAGAACACCUUUCAAUAUCAUCUCGUGAUGCAGUUUUCAUUAAAGAGGAUCUUGAAGUAAUCAAACCCACAUCUGAAUCAGUGAUAGAAGAAGACGAGGUUAAGGAAACAAAUCCUGAACCAAAAAAAUCAGACAUCACCUCUGAAAACAUCAUUAAGUAUACGAGUGAAAAGGAUUUAGCAGAUGAGAAAAGAGAUAUAAAAGAGGAUGUUACACUUGCACCUGAAAAUCAGAUUGACAACACAGAAAAUCAAAGUGAGACAAUCAAGAAUAUCAUCUUGACUGACGAGGUUGUAGUGGAGACUGAAAAAGAAGAGGAAAAAAAUGAAGUCAAUGAACAUGUUUCUGAGGAAGAUAUAUGUCCUCCAGAACUCGAUAAGACAUCGACAUCAAAUCAAAAGGACCUAGAUGAUGAGAUAGAAUAUUCAAAGCCGAUACCAGCUGGAAACAAUGAAGUCAAAGAAGUGAAAGCAGAAAGCCCAACAGAACUAGAAAAUAUACAGUCUGCAGAAGCCCCUGAUCUUGAGUUUGAGAAGAAAGAAAAGGAUGAUGAACUUAUAUCUGAAAUACAAACUCCUGAAACAACUCUCAAGAUGGAGAUGGAGGAAGAACAUCCAGAAGUAACAAAUGACACGUGUCAAACACCUGUGGAUGGGUCAUUAAGUGAGAAGAAACUUGUGUCCAUUGUACCACUUGAAGAACUUGCAUCUUCAACUGUUGAAGACCAAACAAAAGAACUAGUACUAGAAACAGAUAAGACACAGGUUGACCACAGCAACAUAAGCAACAAGGAUCGGAAUCUAGAAUUCAUAGAGGAAGAGUUUCCAAAGAUUUUGGUGACAGAAGAAAAGACAUUGGAAGAAGAUGCAAACAAGGAGAAAGAAACACUAAGCGAAUCACAAGCAGAUGACCUCACGAAAACCACUUCUGAUUCGAUAUCAAGUCCUACAGAGCAAGGUAUAGAAGUUAGAUCUGAGGAGAGCAUCAGCAGAGGCUAUGAUGAUAUACACAAGUCUGAAGAAAAGCCAACUGAAGUUUUUGAAAUUGCAUCCGAUGUUGCUGAAAUAGUCCCUGAGGGUAGCAAAGUUUCUGAAAGUUUACCAGGAAAUGUUCAGGAAGCUUCCCCCAUGAUGCUUCUAGAGAAAAAUAACCCAGAAACUACUACUACCAUUGAGAAAAUUACACCUGAAGUUGCUGUAAUAGAUGUUCAAAAGCGUGAGAAGGACUUUGAUUAUACACCAGAAGCAAUAACUGUUGACGCCGUGAACAAUGCAGAAUGCUCUGAUAUUCAAAGUGUGCAGAAAAAAGAAGUAGAUGAAAACAUAGAGAGAGAAAUUCCAACUGAAAAGGAACCCUUGGAACUUGAUGCACCUGUGACUCCUGGUACUACAACUACAGAGGACUUGGAGAUUUCACAGAAACAUGUAACAGAUGACCUUAUAAAAAUAAGUAAAAUUCAGCCGGAAAUACAAACAUAUGAAGGUUCAGCUUGCACUGUGGAUAACCAGUCCUCAAAUAAACCACAUCUAGAUGAGAGUAUAGAGAGAAAGCUCUUAACUGGAAACAAAGAUGUGGCAAAUGAGCUAGGGGAGCCAACUACAAAGCCAUUGAUUGCUGAGGCAGAUGAUUUAAAAGCCACUAAAUCUUCAGGAACCGAAUCACAAUGCAGCAGUGAAGCUUUCGGAGAAGAGAAGAAAAUGGGAAAUGAAAAAGAAAAGUCUCAAACAGCCGUGGCUGAAAGCUUGAUUGAAGAAAGAGAGACAGCUCUGACAAAAGAUCAGCAAGUAGACAAAGAAGAAACUGGUGAGAAGGGAACAAAAACAGAUGAAGAGAAUGAAGAAGAAGAUGAAGACGAUAACCAAAUGAUUGAUGCUCCGGUUAUGGUAGAAGCAUCGAAAGACAUUGAAGUCAAGACUCCUAAGAAAUCUCAUAAUAUAUUGUCAGGUGUUGGGUCAAAAGUUAAGCAUUCAAUCGCCAAGGUGAAGAAAGCAAUAACUGGUAAGUCUUCUCCUUCAAAACCACCAUCACCAAAAGAGAAAGAUCAAGUGAGUACUUAGCAAGACAUAUCAGUAUGUAAAUUUUCCAAGAAAGAAAAAAAGCAACCGUGAUAAAUGGUUCAAAUGGAACUCAGCGCAUUACAUGCUUGAUGAAUGUGGGGAAAAAGCCUUUGAUUUCGAUUAAGGAUCAAGCCUAGGAGGAAGCAGUUGUUAGACGUGUCCCUUUUUUUAAGUAGAUGUAGAAGAGUGAGAUGAAUGCAGUAUUAAUUUGCAUAUACAUUGUGUGCUUGAGUGAAAUGUGUGAAACUAGUGUUUUGUAAAUUGAAUUUUCCUUAAAACUUAUGUGAUGACAGUCUAUCUCUCUUUCACAAAAAGUAUUCCAUCUUA